AUGGCCGCAAGUGUUCUAGCAUUUGGAUUGUCCACAACAACUCGACUAACACGGGGCUUUGGUCGGACACUCUCUGGAUCUCACAAGAGGUCAGUGCAAAAACGGGUUCGAUUUCUUUGUAGCACAACAUCAAAUGACAAGAAGCGGGUUGUUUUCCUUGGUACACCGCCCGUCGCGGCCCGAGCUCUGAAGACAAUAAACAUCGCUGCGUUGAAGCCAGACUCGUCCUUUUCAAUAAUAGGGGUUGUUACCCAACCACCAGCUCUAGUUGGGAGAAAACGGGUACUGACAAAUUCUCCGGUGCACACGCUGGCGGAGGAACUCUCCAUCUCAACGAUAAUGACGCCAGCGAGUGCGAAGGAUCCCGGCUUUUUGGAUCAACUACGCAGUCUGGCGCCAGAUCUCUGUAUCACGGCCGCCUACGGCAAUUUCCUCCCGAAAGCCUUUCUAGACAUUCCACCUUUUGGCACGCUGAACAUCCAUCCAAGCCUUCUCCCCGAAUUCCGUGGUGCUGCGCCCGUCCCACGUGCUCUCGAAGCCGGGGUGCAAACCACGGGGGUCUCAAUAUUGUUGACGAUCCUCAAAAUGGAUGCCGGGCCCGUGCUCGCGCAACGCAUACGCGAAUUGAAGGGCGACGAACAAGGCCCGGAAUUACUCGAAGAGCUUUUCGCCUCCGGUUGCGAAGCUUUGCUUGACGUGUUGCCGAGCGUGUGGGAUGGUACAGCUCAGCAUAUUGCGCAGGACCACGAUGCGGCGACGCAUGCGGCGAAGCUUUCGAAGGACGAGGCGCGGUUGAGCUUCACUGAAAACGCAUGCAUCAUUCACAACAAGGUGCGGGGGUUUGCGGGGUGGCCGGGGACGUGGGGGGAUUUCGUGCUCCGGGGCACGGAUGGAGAGCGGCAGGAAGUGCGGCUGAAGGUGCUUGAGACCGUGGUGCUGCGACAGGAGGGAGGGAUGUGCCUGGGUGUGCAUGAUGUCUCUUUCGAUGAGGACAAUAAUUGCCUCGCCGUCACGUGCGACGACGGGAGCAAGAUUGGGGUGCUCCAGGUGCAGCCGCCGGGGAAGAAGGGCAUGGAUGCCCGCAGCUUCUGGAACGGGCUCCGAGGCAAGAGUGUCGGGCGGAAACGGGUACCUCAUUGA